AUGUCGGAAAGUCGUUUUGUAAACCAUACUCUCUUAGAGCUUCAAGAAGCCAACUGCAGUCCAAUAUCUGGCUAUGAAGACUCACCCAUUCUUACAUUAGAAGAAGCUGUGGAAAAACUAAUUCCACUCGUUCCUACUAUUAUAGCUUAUGUUAUAACAGCUAAAAAUAAAUGUAAUCAACAUUCAGGUUUGUUAACGUGGGAUGAAUCGGCGACAAUAUAUCUUUACUCGAUGUCAUCACCUGAUUUUUAUUCUUCUCUCAACAACGCACUUCGAGCCGAAGAUCGACAUGCGCUUAAACCAUGGUUUGCCUACUUAAAAUUGUUUAUGACAGCUCUCAAGAAAUUACCAUCAACACCAACUAAGACGAUUCUCUGGAGAGGUGUUUACGGUGAUGUUAGUUCAGCCUUUGUUAAAAAUAAAAUCGAGAUUUGGUGGAGUAUCAAUUCAACUUCGAUGGAUUUGAAAAUUAUUGAACCAUUUCUAGGCGAACAUGGCACUUUGUUCGCUAUUGAAGCUAUGCAUGGCAAAGAUAUCUCCAAAUUUUCAGCAAAUUUAGACGAGAAAGAAAUUAUUCUAAUGCCUGGAACUUAUGUACGAGCCAGAACGGAAGCACUCAAUUUCAAGAAAUGUCUCUUCAUUGUUCACUUAGAUGAAGUAACUGCUGAAAGUGAGCCACAAUCUGAGUCAAACCGUCCAUUUCAAUUGAUAAAACAAGAAUAUUAUCAAAAUGGUUAUAUUGAACGCCUAAUGAAUCCAACAAAAUCCUAUCCAGUAGAAGACAGUUACAUUAAUUUAGCCAUCGUUGAAACUAAAAAGCAACAACAAAAAGAAAGACAACUUCGUGAUGCUUCUACCAGUGAUGCUAUAAUGGGAAGUUUUGAAGAGAUAUACGGGACAAAAACUACAAUAAAUGUCAAAAAUAUUUUUGAAACAUGUAAAAAUCAAGAGAAGAAAGUGCUGGUGUUCGGACGUGCUGGAAUCGGAAAAUCCACCUUUUGUCGAUAUAUUGCUUAUCAAUGGGCGAUGGGUUUAUAUUGGACACACUAUGAGUUAUUGGCUUUGAUUCCAUUACGUCGCUUAACAAUGAAUCGAUAUCCUCCUUUACCGAUUGGUCAAAGUUAUUCUUUGCUUGAUCUUGUGAAAAAAGAGAUUAUUUCAAUUGAUCUACCUGAAUAUGAGAACAAUCUUUUGAAAAAACACUUUGAUGCAAAGAAGACUCUAUGGAUUUUGGAUGGAUAUGAUGAAAUUGUACAAAAUGCACCUUCACAUUUGGAAUGUUUAUUCGAACAAUUACUUAAAACUCCACAUCAUAUUUUAACAUCUCGUCCAUAUCAAAAUACAUUACCCUAUCAUGUACAAAUGGAAAUCACAGGAUUUACAAACGAUAAUAUUGAGCGAUAUGUAGAACAAUUCUUUGAUCAGAUGAAAGAUGAAUUAGACAAUUCUUUGAACAAAAGUCAAAAAUUACUCAGAUUCUUAAAGACAAAUCGAUCUAUCUGGGGUGUUGCACAUAUUCCAGUGAAUCUAGAGUUGAUAUGUAGCCUUUGGAGUAACGAAGAUUUCAUAGAAACAAAUGAAUUAACAAUAACAUCAUUAUAUACAGUGAUGAUAGAAUGGUUAUGUCGACGAUAUUUAUCGAUGCCAAAUAAAAACAUUCAAAAUCUAUCUAAAGACGACAUCAAUCAACGUUGUGAAAAAGAAUUAGCGUUCUUACAAAAUCUAGCCUUUAAUGGAAUGAAGAAUAGCACCAUAAUUCUACGACCAAAUUUAUUAAGAAAAGCACUAAAUGAAGAAAAAGUCUCUUUACAUGACCAUCCACAUAUACUCAAUAUGGGAGUUCUCAAAAGUUUUAAUAAACAAGGUACCAAUACUCAAAUUGAAACGGAUAAAGAUCAUUAUUUUGCGCACCUCAGUUUUCAAGAAUAUUUUACAGCACGAUAUUUGAUUAAAGCUCUUAAAGAGCCUCUAAACCAUCAAGAAGAAAUCAGAUUUAUUCAACGAGAAAAAUACAAUCAACGUUAUGCAUUAGUGUUUACUUUUCUAUCAGGUCUUUCGAGUGAGGCUGAUACAAACACAAGUUUAAACAUCUUUUGGAAACUUAUACUAACACCACCGAUAGAUCUUCUUGGGAUCAGACAUAUGCAACUUGUUAUUUCGUGUAUUGAAGAGACUUCAGAUCAAUCAUCUAUUCCACAACACACCGUAUUACUAGAAUGGAUAGCGAAGUGCAUUGAGGAUAAUUGGUCCACAGAAAAUAAAAAUAUUCGUCAGUGUCUUCAACAAUCAUUGGGAAGAGCACCGUCGGUAAUCAGCAAUCAAAGAAUUAUAAAUGCAUUUAUCCGUCUAGUUCAACAUGAUGAUUCAUAUAUCAGAACCGACGUGCUUCUUUUCAUUUCUCGUAUUAACGGUUCAAAUACAGCGGCUGCACUCAUCAAUUUAGUGAUUAUCACACUAGAUGACAAAAACGAGAGGGUGAGAACCUGUGCAUGCACAGCUCUCGGUUUUAAAGGUGAAAAAGCAGCGACGAAAGAAGUGAUCAUUAAACUGGUUAGUGCAUUAGAAGACAAGAGUGACAAAGUCAGAUCCGCCGCAUGUCGAGCUCUCGAAAGUAUGGGUGAAAAAGCAGCGACGAAUGAAGUGAUCACUAAACUGGCUAGUGCAUUAGAAGAUAAGAGUGAUAAUGUCAGAUCAAGUGCAUGUGGAGCUCUUGAAAGCAUGGGUAAAAACACAGCGACGAAUCAAGUGACCGCUCAACUAGUUAGUGCAUUAGAAAGCGCGAAUGAAAACACUAGAUCAAAGGCAAGCGAAGCUCUCGGAAAUAUAGGUGAAAAAGCAGCGACGAAUGGAGUGAUCACUAAACUGGUUAAUGCAUUAGAAGAUAAGAGUGAACAGGUCAGAUGCUGUGCAUGCAGAGCUCUCGAAAAUAUAGGUGAAAACGCAGCGACGAAUGAAGUGAUCGCUAAACUGGUUAGUGCAUUAAAAGAUCAGAGUGGCAAUGUCAGAUCAAGUGCAUGUGACGCUCUCAGAAAAAUGGGUGAAAAAGCAGCGACGAAUGAAGUGAUCACUCAACUAGUUACUGCAUUAGAAGAUGAGAGUGAAGACAUCAGAUCAAAUGUCUGCAGUACUCUCGGAAAUAUAGGUGAAAAAGCGGCGACGAAAGAAGUGAUCACUAAACUGGUUAGCGCAUUAAAAGAUAACAGUUAUCAGGUCAGAGACUCUAUAUACAGAGUUCUCGAAAAUAUAGGUGAAAAAGCACCGACGAAUGAAGUGAUCACUCAACUGGUUAGUGCAUUAAAAGAUAACAGUUAUCAGGUCAGAGCCUAUGCAUGCGAAGCUCUCGAAAAUAUACGUGAAAAAGUAGCGAUGAAUGAAGUGAUCACUCAACUGGUUAGUUCAUUAGAACAUGAGAGUGAAGACAUCAGAUCAAAUGUUUGCAACGCUCUCGAACGUAUAGGUGAAAAAGCAGCGACGAAUGAAGUGAUCACUAAACUAGUUAAUGCAUUAGAAGAUAAGAGUGAACGGGUCAGAUUAUCUGCAAGCGAAGCUCUUAGAAAAAUGGGUGAAAAAGCAGCGACGAAUGAAGUGAUCACUAAACUGGCUAGUGUAUUAGAAGAUGAGAGUGAAGACAUUAGAUCAAGUGCAUGCGAAGCUCUCGGAAAUAUGGGUGAAAAAGCAGCGACAAACGAAGUGAUCACUAAACUCGCCAGUGCAUUAGAGGGUGAGAGUGAAAGGGUUAGAUUAAAUGUAUGCAACGCUCUCGGACAAAUGGGUGAAAAAGCAGCGACACAUGCAGUGAUCACUAAACUGGUUAGUGCAUUAGAACAUGAGAGUCAAUGGGUAAGAUCAAAUGUCUGCAGUACUCUCGGAAAUAUAGGUGAAAAAGCAGCGACGAAUGAAGUGAUCGCUAAACUGGUUAGUGCAUUAAAAGAUCAGAGUGGCAAUGUCAGAUCAAGUGCAUGCGAAGCUCUCGGGAAAAUGGGUGAAAAAGCAGCGACGAAUGAAGUGAUCACUAAACUCGUUAGUGCGUUAGAAGAUGAGAGUGAAGACGUCAGAUCAAAUGUCUACAGUACUCUCGGAAAUAUGGGUGAAAAAGCAGCGACGAAUGAAGUGAUCACUGAACUGGUUAGUGCAUUAGAACAUGAGAGUGAAAGGGCUGGAUUAAAUGUAUGCAACGCUCUCGGACAAAUGGGUGAAAAAGCAGCGACACAUGCAGUGAUCACUAAACUGGUUAGUGCAUUAGAGGAUAAGAGCAAAAUGGUUAGAUUAAAUGCAUGUAACGCUCUCGGACAAAUGGGUGAAAAAGCAGCGACGAAUGAAGUAAUCACUAAACUGGUUAGUGCAUUAGAAGAUAAAAGUUUUAGGGUCAGAGAGAGUGUAUGCAAGGCCUUCGGAAGAAUGGGUGAAAAAGCAGCGAAGAUUGAAGUGCUCACCAAGCUCGCGAAUAUACCUGAUGCUUAUGGGGAGUUGCCUUUGGAAGCUGUAGAUGUUAUUGAUGGUAUUUUGCGUUCGUCCGCCACGAUGAUUGCUUUUGGUCCAAUGUUGAUUUCAAAACUUUGCGUUUAUGGAAGACAAUUAAAGUGCUGGGAACAGGUUUCAGUAGAUGAAUUAAUCAAAAAUUUUUUCAAGACUCAAGAUGCUGAUUGGUUGUUGCCGAUAGCUGAGAUAGCACUUCAGAAGGGUGCUGCUGUCUCGAUGAAUGAAGCUGUUAAUUAA